AUGCAUUUUUCAGGACCUAUAGAAAAUGUCAACCGGUCAACCAUCACAGCCGCUACAAAAGCCGCCCGGCUACCGGGACCCGAACCUCCCGAUUCCGCGUCCCGAGCCCCGGAAGCCCGCAACCCUCCCGCCUUCCUUCCAACAGCACAAACCCCACCGGAAGGCGCACUGCUGCCGGACUCCCCCGGCGGGCCCACGCUCGACUCCCGGAUCACGGCCCGCGUCCGGGUAAAAAACCCUAACCAGAAACUGAAAAUGUCUUACGAGAAGAUUAGGGUUUUGAUUAAUGAAGCUAAAGGAGGCGCGGUUUUGGGGGUCGGGAGCGCGCGAGGGUUUACUCAAGAAAGGAACAACGUGACGAGUUUGAAGAUUGAUGUGAAGACGGAGAAGGGGAUUUUAGGCAAUGCUAAUGCGGACGAGUUGGAGAAGGGAUUCGAGAGCAAGAAUUUAUCGGUUAAUGUGGAGAUUUCGGGAAAGGUUGGGGUGAAGGGGGAUAAAUGGUCGGCCGGGAGUAUUGGCGUGAAGGUGGUGUGCGAAGGGGUGAGAUUAAGCCGGGUUGAACGAGAGAGUCCUAAGUGCCGGAUUAAGGUUCUCGACUGGUACGUGUCUUGA